CUUUAUUUAAUUUAUUUAUGUCGGCUAACUGCGUAGUGUAAAAAUAAUUAAUUAAACGGGAAACAUGCGUUUUGAAUGUAUAUACAUACCAUGCAUACAUGUUUCGAUACGCGCCAACUUCAUGUUAUCACAAUUGUGACCUCGUGUGCGUGCACGUUGCGUCAUUCGUGUAAUUGUUACGUUUUUAAUUAUCUAUAUUACCGUCUGAUAUGUCUUGUUAUCCUGAUCAAACAAAAUAGAGAUUAAACAAAAUCAUAUUAAAAUAUUUGUUAAAAAAAUUUUUUACAGUUGCGGUAAUGGUGUAGUGAAUCGAACAGUGAUUUCACGAACGUCAUUGCCGGCUUCUAAACACAGUGGUAUAAUAAAAACUUAUCUACAUCUGAGCACCGGUAUCGUAAUAUGAUAUCCGCGUCGUCGAGUACCGAUGCUGAGAAAGAAAUUGAAGAUCCCGUCGAGCGGAUGCUAAAGAAAACCGGUUGCAUGGAAUUGCACUAUCAAGUUCAAGAAUGCAUAGCUGAGCAUCAAGAUUGGAGAAAGUGUCAGAAUGAAGUAAAAAAUUUUAAAGAAUGUAUGGCUAAGUACACAAAACAACAAGAAUCAAGACAUCAAUAGGACAAUGGUAAUAAAGAUGAGGUUGAUAAGCAAAUUUAUAAGAUCUUUCUUAUCUCCUACUUGGAAUGGAGAAAACUGUAAAAUGGUAAUAGUAGUUCGGUCAGAUUUACCUAUGGGAAAAGGUAAAACUGCUGCUCAAUGUGCUCAUGCUGCUUUAGAAUGCUGUCGCCAGACCUUCAAUAAUGAAAAGAAACGUUUAAUGUUUGAAACCUGGUUACGAAAUGGACAACCUAAAAUUGUUGUUAAAAUACCGAGUGAAGAGGAAUUGUUGAGCUUAGCGGAUAAGGCUCAAUGCGCUGGUUUAAUUACUGCCAUAAUAAAAGAUGCUGGUUUGACUCAGUUAAAGCCUGGUACAAUUACAGUCAUUGGUAUAGGACCUGGAUCUAAUGAAAUUAUUGACAAUCUUACAUCAAGAUUAAGAUUAUUGUGAUUUUAUGUAUUAUAAAUUUAAUAUUUUUUUUUAAAGAAGAGAGUACUUAAAACUUAACUUUUUUUACAAUAAAGUACAUCAUUUAGACAGGAUGAUUCCACAAAACAAUUUUUUUUUUAAAUGCUAAUGAAGAGAGUACAUUUCUUAUAUUUCCUCACAGAAGAUAAUUUUCUAUAAUAAAAUUUUCAGAAAAAAUUUGACUUUGUAUAAAAAUAAUUUGUAAAUCUAUUAAAAUAGUUAUGUAUCUUAUGGAAACAUGUUAAAUAUAAUAAAUUCUUGAUGUAUCACUGUACAGUGUAUAUAAUGUAUACAUAAUUGUAUAGAGAGAAGAGAAUAUAUAAUAAAAAAAACAUUAAUUUUCAACUGUAAUUUAAAUUGUAUUUCUUAAGUAAUGUUGCUCUUGUUCCUGAAGAAGUUUAUAUUAAAUGCAAAUAUACAAAAAAAUUUGAAAUAGUUUAGGUAUAUAAAACAAUUAUUAUUAUCAAGUUGUAUAAUACAUUAUUUAUCCUGGCAAAAAGAUUAAUUAAAUAAAAUAUUUUUCCUGCUUAGUUGGACUGUAAUGACGUGAUAUAACAAUUUCAUUAUACUAAAAUAUUUACUAUAAUUGCUAUUUCCUUCAUUCAUCUAUAAAAAGCAAAACAUGUGUUUGCAAAGACACGCAUAUUUUUGAAAAUAAAUUAUAUGUAAAUAUACAUGUACAUAUUAGACAUUGAUAUUCAAAAACAUUAACAUAAUUUGUAUAACAAAUUUAAAUGUGCUUUAAAAAAAAUAUGCUUAUAAUUCUAAAUAUAACUCAAACAUAGACAAUACUAUAAAGAAAUAAAAAUAAAAAAAAAAAAAAA